GGAAAGGCUCUCCCUAUUGCUGCUUGUCAAGUAUAAAGACCAGCGGAAACCACGCAUCAAUUAAAAUACCCAUCCUCCAUCAUUCUCAUCAAUCUCCCAGUAAACCAAAAGCAUUAAAUCACUCCUAGAAAUCACUUCUAAAAAUCAGUCCUAAAAAUCUUUCAACAUGUCUCCCAGAAUUCUCUUCGUUCUCACUAGCGCUGCUAAGAUGAACAAUGGCGCACCCACUGGGUGGUACUUGCCUGAGUUUGCCCGGCCCUACUUCCACUUGAUUGGUCCCGACGAGGCAAACCCCAGGGCUGAAAUCGUCGUGGCUUCCCCUGCCGGUGGCCUGGCUCCCAUUGACGAAGUGUCAGUGAAGAACUUCAAGGACGAUGAUUCAGUCAAGUUCUACGAAACCAAGAAGCAUCUUUGGGAGAAAACCGUAGCCCUCAAGGAUCUUCAGGGAAAGGCAUCUGAGUUUGAUGCCAUCUUCUACCCUGGUGGCCACGGCCCUAUGUUCGACCUUGUUAACGACAAGGAGUCCAUCAAGCUGAUUGAGGACUUCUACAAUGCUGGCAAAGUUGUUGCGGCUGUCUGCCAUGGCCCCAUCGUUUUCGUGAAUGCCGUUGUCGACGGAAAGCCGCUCCUUAGUGGCCGCACCGCUACUGGCUUCAGUAACGCGGAAGAAGAUGCCAUCAAGCUGACUGAGUUCAUGCCUGCUCUGUUGGAAGACGAGAUCAAGCGCGUGGGUGGCAAAUAUGUCAAGGCAGACGACCUUUGGAAGGAGCACGUUGUCGUUGAUGGUCGCAUCAUCACUGGCCAGAACCCCAACUCUGCCCUGGGUGUUGGCGCUGCCAUUGCCAAGGCACUUGGUAUGUUUAGCGACUUUUGACGUUUUUCGUGGAUGUUCU